CGCACGCCGUCGCGCGGGCCCGGCGUCCCUGUGCAGUCUGGGCCGCCGAUGGGGGAGGUGGAGCCGGGGCCCGCGGGCCCGCUGGAGCCCCCGGAGCCGCCCGAAGCGCCGGCGAGCCGCCGGCCAGGAGGGAUCCGGGUCCUGAAGAGAAAUAUGAAACGCAAUGGGAGCAGAAAUUGUUUGAAUAGGAGAAGUAGGUUUGGUUCUCGAGAAAGAGACUGGCUAAGAGAAGAUGUAAAGAGAGGCUGUGUUUACCUUUAUGGAGCAGACAGUACCACUGCCACUACAACCACCACCACCUCUUCCUCUUCCUCCUCCUCCUCUUCCUCUGACUUACAUCUCGUCCUUUGCACUGUAGAGACACCAGCAUCAGAAAUAUGUGCUGGAGAGGGAAGAGAAAGUCUUUAUUUACAGCUUCAUGGAGACCUGGUCAGGAGACUGGAACCUACUGAACGACCUCUUCAGAUCGUUUAUGAUUACUUAUCCAGGCUGGGAUUUGAUGAUCUUGUGCGCAUACAGGAGGAGGCUGCAAAUCCUGACCUCGGCUGUAUGAUUCGAUUUUAUGGUGAAAAACCAUGCCACAUGGAUCAUUUGGAUCGAAUCCUACUGUCUGGCAUCUAUAAUGUACGCAAGGGAAAGACCCAGCUGCAUAAGUGGGCUGAGCGCCUAGUUGUCCUCUGUGGUACCUGCCUUAUCGUUUCCUCAGUGAAGGACUGUCAGACUGGAAAGAUGCACAUUUUGCCUCUGGUUGGUGGAAAGAUAGAAGAAGUGAAGCGACGGCAGUACUCCCUUGCUUUCAGCUCAGCAGGAGCCCAAGCUCAGACCUAUCAUGUCAGCUUCGAGACUUUGGCUGAGUACCAGCGAUGGCAACGGCAAGCAUCCAAGGUGGUGUCUCAGCGAAUCAGUACCGUGGAUCUCUCGUGUUACAGCCUCGAGGAGGUUCCUGAGCAUCUCUUCUACAGUCAAGAUAUUACCUACCUCAACUUGCGACACAACUUCAUGAAGUUAGAAAGACCCGGAGGCCUUGACACAUUCUACAAAUUUUCUCAACUGAAGGGCCUGAACUUGUCCCAUAAUAAACUUGGGUUGUUUCCUAUGUUGUUAUGUGAGAUCUCUACCCUUACUGAGCUCAACCUUUCCUGUAAUGGAUUUCGUGACCUACCAAGUCAAAUUGGCAAUCUGCUAAAUCUUCAAACCCUCUGUCUUGAUGGCAACUUUCUGACUACUUUACCUGAAGAAUUGGGAAAUCUACAACAGCUUUCCUCCUUGGGAAUUUCCUUCAACAACUUUAGUCAAAUUCCUGAGGUUUAUGAGAAACUCACUAUGUUAGAUAAAGUGGUUAUGGCAGGAAAUUGCCUGGAAGUCCUGAACUUAGGGGUGCUGAAUAGGAUGAACCAUAUCAAGCAUGUGGAUUUAAGGAUGAACCAUUUGAAAACCAUGGUUAUUGAAAAUCUGGAGGGAAAUAAACACAUCACCCAUGUGGAUCUGCGGGACAACCGACUGACUGACUUGGAUCUUAGCUGUUUAUGCAGCUUGGAACAGCUGCACUGUGAGCGGAACCAGCUGAGGGAGCUGACACUCAGUGGCUUCUCCCUUCGGACCCUCUAUGCCAGUUCCAACAGGCUGACAGCAGUGAACGUCUAUCCAGUACCCAGCCUACUCACUUCCUUGGAUCUCUCACGAAACCUGCUAGAGUGUGUCCCUGACUGGGCCUGUGAAGCAAAGAAGAUAGAAGUGUUAGAUGUGAGCUAUAAUCUUCUCACAGAGGUUCCCAUAAGAAUUCUGAGUAGCUUGAGUCUUAGAAAACUGAUGCUGGGACACAAUCACAUGCAAAACCUCCCAACACUGGUAGAGCACAUCCCCCUCGAGGUGUUGGAUCUUCAGCAUAAUGCACUCACGAGGCUACCAGACACCCUCUUCUCCAAGGCCUUAAAUCUCAGAUACUUGAAUGCAUCUGCAAAUAGUCUGGAGUCUUUACCAUCUGCCUGCACUGGCGAGGAGAGUUUGAGUAUGUUGCAGCUGCUUUAUCUGACCAACAAUCUCCUGACGGAUCAGUGCAUACCUGUCCUGGUGGGGCACCCGCACCUGCGAAUCUUGCACCUUGCAAACAAUCAGUUACAGACCUUUCCUGCAAGCAAACUAAAUAAAUUGGAGCAAUUGGAGGAGCUGAACCUAAGUGGCAACAAGCUUAAAACCGUUCCCACAACCAUAGCAAACUGCAAAAGGCUGCACACCCUUGUUGCACACUCCAACAACAUCAGCAUUUUCCCAGAAAUACUGCAGUUGCCUCAGAUCCAGUUUGUAGACCUAAGUUGCAAUGACUUGACAGAAAUCCUGAUUCCAGAGGCUUUGCCUGCUACAUUACAAGACCUUGACCUGACUGGAAAUACAAAUCUGGUUCUGGAACACAAGACACUGGACAUAUUUAGCCAUAUCACAACCCUGAAAAUUGAUCAGAAACCUUUGCCAACCACAGAUUCUACAGUUACAUCAACUUUCUGGAGCCAUGGACUGGCUGAGAUGGCAGGGCAGAGAAAUAAGCUGUGUGUCUCAGCGCUUGCUAUGGAUAACUUUGCAGAGGGGGUGGGAGCUGUGUAUGGCAUGUUUGAUGGGGACCGAAAUGAGGAGCUCCCACGCCUGCUGCAGUGUACGAUGGCAGAUGUGCUUUUAGAAGAGGUACAGCAGUCAACUAAUGACACAGUUUUCAUGGCUAACACCUUCUUGGUAUCUCACAGGAAAUUAGGAAUGGCUGGCCAGAAGUUGGGCUCCUCCGCUCUCCUGUGCUACAUUCGCCCUGACACUGCCGAUCCAGCAAGUAGCUUUAGCUUGACUGUAGCCAAUGUUGGCACUUGUCAAGCAGUCCUGUGCCGAGGUGGGAAGCCAGUGCCCCUCUCUAAAGUCUUCAGCCUGGAGCAGGACCCAGAGGAGGCGCAAAGGGUGAAGGACCAAAAAGCCAUCAUCACAGAGGACAACAAAGUGAACGGGGUAACCUGCUGUACCCGGAUGCUGGGCUGUACAUACCUCUACCCUUGGAUCCUCCCCAAGCCCCACAUAUCUUCCACUCCACUGACCAUUCAAGAUGAGUUGCUGAUUCUGGGAAACAAAGCAUUGUGGGAACAUUUGUCCUACACAGAAGCUGUCAGUGCUGUACGUCAUGUACAAGACCCAUUAGCAGCUGCUAAGAAGCUGUGCACAUUAGCACAGAGCUAUGGCUGUCAGGACAACGUAGGGGCGAUGGUGGUUUAUUUGAAUAUUGGUGAAGAAGGCUGCACUUGUGAAAUGAAUGGGCUCACCCUCCCAGGUCCUGUGGGAUUUGCUUCAACCACCACUAUCAAGGAUGCCCCUAAGCCAGCCACUCCAUCCUCUAGCAGUGGGAUUGCCUCUGAGUUCAGCAGUGAGAUGUCCACCUCAGAGGUGAGCAGUGAAGUGGGGUCCACUGCUUCUGAUGAGCAUAAUGCUGGGGGCCUGGACGCUGCCUUGCUUCCGAGGCCAGAGCGGCGCUGCAGCCUCCACCCAACACCCACCUCUGGGCUGUUUCAGCGCCAGCCUUCUUGUGCUACCUUCUCCAGUAACCAGUCUGACAACGGCCUGGACAGUGAUGAUGACCAGCCCGUUGAGGGGGUCAUAACCAACGGCAGCAAGGUAGAGGUAGAAGUAGACAUCCACUGCUGCAGGGGGAGGGAUCUGGAGAACUCACCCCCUCUCAUAGAGAGUUCUCCUACCCCGUGUUCUGAGGAACAUGCUAGAGGGUCGUGUUUUGGGAUCCGAAGACAGAACAGUGUAAAUAGUGGCAUAGUCCUGCCAGUGAGCAAGGACAGGAUGGAGUUACAGAAGUCUCCCUCCACCUCCUGCCUCUAUGGGAAGAAACUCUCCAAUGGCUCUAUUGUGCCCCUAGAGGACAGCCUCAACCUCAUUGAAGUGGCCACAGAAGUGCCCAAGAGGAAAACUGGCUAUUUUGCUGCCCCCACUCAGAUGGAACCAGAGGACCAGUUUGUUGUACCUCGUGACCUGGAAGAAGAAGUGAAGGAACAAAUGAAGCAGCACCAGGACAGCCGGCUCGAGCCUGAGCCCCACGAAGAGGAUCGGACCGAGCCUCCGGAGGAGUUUGACACAGCACUGUGACCGCCCCACUGGGCACAGUGUGGGAGGAAGCUGUGCAGGGUUGGGGUAGGAACCUGCCAGAGGCAUUCUGCCUCUACGUUUCUUUUUGUUGGUUUGGUUUUUUUGUUUGUUUUGUUUUUGAGAUGGAGUCUCGCUCGGUCGCUCAGGCUGGAAUGCAAUAGUGCAAUCUCGGGUUACUGUGACCUCCGCCCCUGGGUUCAAGCCAUUCUCCUGUCUCAGCCUCCCGAGUAGCUGGGAUUACAGGCACCUGCCAUCAUGCCCAGCAAUUUUUUUUUUUUUUUUUAAUAUUUUUAGAGACGGGGUUUCACCAUGUUGGCCAGGCUGGUGUUGAACUCCUGACCUCAGGUGAUCCACCCUCCUUGGCCUCCCAAAGUGCUGGGAUUACAGGCGUGAGCCACCACGCCCAGCCCUGCCUCUACAUUUCUAAACCAUAGCUGUUUGAGUUUGAACUCGGAGCCAAAAAGAGUGAGAGCCAUCAGUGGCUGGCUCUGGAUAAACUAGUAGCUACCAUCAGUGUUAAGUUUGAUAUUUAACCUGCAUUGGAAUUCCCAGGGGUACUGGGAAGAAAGCAGCUGUUCUGUGUCAGUCCUGCCACCUGCCAUUAACCCUUUCUCUCCUAGGAUCAUUUUGAGAAUUUGCCUGCCUGGGCAGGAAAGGGACUAUUUCUGUGGAGGAAAAAAGUGAAGAUCGAUUCUCUUUACUAAUUGCUGCUGAUGGAUCUCUGUGACAGAGAAAUCACCUUAUCUCAGACUAAUGGGGUGUGAUGUGACUAGUCACAUGGCUUUUCAUUCUUCUCUACGAGAAUACAGCCUAUCAAAAUGAUGUCUGUUGGAAAUGUAGAACCAAUCAAACAUAAUUUAUGUAUGUAAUGUAAUAAGAGCACUUUUCAUUGACUGUGAACUUUUUAUUUUUGAAUCUGCACUCGAGCCAAUCUUCUUAGAGGCAGCCCGGCACCUUCAUCCAUAGGCAGAGAGAGAAUUGGGUGUUGGAGCCUUAUCCGAGGGUAUAGGAAGGACCCUGUGAAGUUGAUUUAACUGUUGGAUGUCAGACUGUGAAAGCUCCUGAGAAACUUGGGGUAAUAGUAUCUUCUUUUGGGGAUGAAAAUGGGGAAGGAGUGAGGACCAAGACUACUUCUUCCUAGAUCAGAAAAAGAGAAUUACCCCUUGACACAUAUGAUACCUGCUCGGUGUUUCCCAAGGAAAUUGAGGGAUUGGCCUCUUUCCUUAGCACGUGGAGGAAUUGGCAGUCAGCUUCCUAAGGGGGAGGGUCAAGGCUGACACUGCUUGCAUCCACGUGACCUUAAGUUAUGGCAGAUGACUCUGAAAUGGACUGAGGCCAAUUAGAACAGAUGAAUGGAGCGCUCAGGUUAGACUUGUUCCAUCUGUGCUGGAGGAGAGGGAUGGUUCUCUAGAAUAUUGGAAAUGAGUUGAGGGCUCGCCUCUUGAAUGUUGAACAGUGUACUCUUCUGAAAACUGCAUAUUCUAUGUGGUUUUAGAAUACUGGGCUCAAUACUAACAUAAGAAAGACACUUCAUUGAGAAAAUUCUUAAGCUUACAGAAAACCUGUAUUUUUUGCACAUUCCACAUAACCCUAGCAAAAUGCAGUUUCUUCAUAUUUCUGUCACUUUUUCCACUUGAAGAUUUGCUUAGGAAAAUUCCUGUUCCCACAAAAUGUUGGCAUUGCUUGAUUUUACCCAAUGGGGAAUGUGCUUUGAAUUUUUGGAACACUUCUACAAUUAAAAAUAGAGUAGAGCCAUUUUUUAUUUGUUUCAUCGGAAACAAUACGUUAAAGAGAGGGUUAAAUAUAAAUAUAUUUUCGUGUGUAUUUUUGGGAAGUUUUUGUUCAAAGCAAUAGUCAAAAACCAGAUGACCUGUCCAUAAUAAUUGUAUGUCUUCAUCUUCUCAGAGGCCCCGUGCCCAUAUGCACGUGUCAUUGGGGUACACUCUUGGGAGAUUUGGUACACUCUAACGGAUGUCUAAUGUUCAACCCCUCGAGAAUCUGAACUUGAUUCCCCAAAUUGUGAAACUACUGGUCAGCUAUUGAAAAAUUUUAGAACUCAGGUCUUCGAUUUGAAGUAGGGAACAUAGUGGCUCACGCAGAGUUUAGGUGCUGUUAGAAAGAUGGGAACCAGAGUGUUUUGCCACCUUAUUUUUAUAUGGGAAUUUUUUUUUUAAUG